GAAUUGCUGAUCUCUCCGGACCUGAUCCCCGUCCGUUAUCUGGAGCCGCUGUCAGUGCGGAGAAGCUCCCAAGGGUUGUCUAGACCAACCUCACCAACACCUUGUUGCCUGGACACAGCAAACAAUGAUAUCGCUGCCUGCUAUCUAGAGCCUCAAACGUGAUCCAGCUCGUGCUUUUUGCUUGACUCAUCAUUGAGUUCUUUAUCUGGGGGUUCCACUGCAUAUCGACCUAUCUUGUGCCUCUAUUGCGUCCGUGAGCAUGGCCAUCCACAACGGCUACGUCGUUCCCCCGUUUCCUUCCUGAUUCAGAUACGCCCUACGACCCCGCCGUUCUAUUUGGAUCGUACUGCCGGAUAUCACCAGCCUAGAUUCUUGAUAUCUCUCCUUAAGCCAUGCAUCAACAACCGCGGUCGCCCGCUCCGGCGGCGUCUACCUCAUCGGCUCGGCGGUCCCAGGAUUACGAUCGCCGUUCUGAUUCACCAGCCUUCGACCUUCGGACGCAUACAAAUAGAGGGUUGGGAAUUGAAACUGAGAAUGAUACUGCCGAACCCGAACAAAGCUCACAGCCCGGACCGGAAGCUAUCAGCAAGGUGAACCAGAUUGUCACGAACUAUCAUACGAAGGCUGCUCUCAUCAUCCUCCAUUCCCGUGUCGAACUUCCCCCGUCUUAUGCUAAGAACUCCAACGUACCUCGAGUGAAUCGCUGGUUUAAUGUCGAGCUGGAAGAGACGGAUGCGUUAAAGGAUCAACUCAAGACCUGGAGAACAUGCGAUGCCACAGACAACCGACCGCCGCCAAUGAUCAUCGAGACGUACUUGGAUACGGCAGGGCUCACAAAUAAUCAGACACUUGUGGCUUUGGAUGAUAAUGGGAAACGUUGGGAUGUGACGGAAUCGCUUGCUGCGUCCCAGAGCUCGCGACCGGCUAAAGCUUCUUCAUCCAGAGCGGUAGAUGUGAUAUUGGAGCGAUGGCGAGUAGAAUUGGGCGAUAUGCCUGGUAAAUUGCCCAGUGAUCUUGGCGCUAUCCUGCCGACGGUAUACAAGAAGAGUAUCAUCCUCUUCCGGUCUCUCUUUACAUAUUCAAAGUUUCUUCCGGCUUGGAAGUUUAUUAAACGCAACGGUCGAUCACGAGCACACCCUGCGCUCAGGGUCAAAUAUCGGAUAUUCAGCGGUCAUGCCCGGGAUCUGUCUAAACAGGAUCACUUAACUAUGCCCUUGUUCGAGGGCGAUACGAAAGUGGUUGACACUUACAGCUUUGGCGUCACGGAUUCUCCUGCUGGCCCGUUCUCUGUGCAAGUGACGUAUAGGACAUGCUGCGACUUCCGCGUCGACGACUCUGAGGCUCUUCUAAGCUCCCAGUUCAUGGGAGCUGACGAUGAGAUCUUCCAACCGUCGUUACCAUCCGGGGGUCUGGACGCUAGAGUAACGCCGGAAGUUGGAUCGGCACCGCUCACAAGAAGAACUGUGGAAGAUCCAGACCUUAGUCGGGCAUACGGCAGCUUGUCAACUUUCCACCAUGUAGGUCCUACUACCGGCGCAAGCCCUAUCUCUGCGCUUCGAGCCGCCAGAGAAGCAAGGGCUUCCUCUCCAUCCCCGCCGACCUCAUCACAUCGGAAUUCUUUCGCAGCUGCGAGGGCUAGCCCAGUAGGACGCGCUGCGACUCUUGCUAAUGACACAAAUCCCAACGUUGCUAGAAGGCCCUCCAUCUCGUUUCAGCCGUUCAAGGCACCGCCUUUGUCCGCGUCGCCCUCCCUAGUUGAUCCUCCACUAAGUGCUUCACCUCGGACGACUGGAGCCGGUCGAACCUCACUGUCUGAUUCUAGGCAUAUGCCGCCACCCUCAGUGACUACUUCAUCACGCAAGCCGCCCUCAUUUGGUCCCGAUAAUGCUAAUUCAUCCCCGAACUCGGCAUCCCCUCGUCCCACACCUAUGUCGAGAUAUAGUAGUGCCUUCAGUCACCGCCGAGGUAGGCCGUCUUCAGGAGGCAUUAACAAGCUAGAAGACGACAACUCCAGUGGUAGAGCCAGUGCAACGUCUUCUGGUGCCCAGCCAGGCUCCGGGUUACUUGCCGAGAUCACAGGAACCAGCUCCGAUUCAAUUCACGCUGACGAUGAGAACAUUUCGGAAUUCCUGAAGAUGCUCGAUCUCAGAAAGGAUUUGCUAAGCCCUUCGAGCCAGACUGCUAUGGACAAUCAUUCCCGGAGGAUGACAGCAGCUUCUGCUGCUCUAAGCCGUUUUCGGGGCAUGAAAGAUUCCAAUGCCGCCCUUUCUGACUCGAUGUCAUCUUCGCUGCUCAUGAACCGCUCAUCCGCCACUUCCAGCAAACAACUUUCUGGGGUUCCGGGUAUAGCUGGUACAUCCAUCUCUACCGCUUCAUCUCCCGGAGGGAAAGCAAUAUCUCCUCAUACUCCCCAUACUCCCGCCAUACCUUCUCGGCUCAGCUCCAACAGUAUAGUCGAUAAUACCACCACACGUUUACACGGAGAUAACGGUUCGCCGGUAGAAGAGGAUGCAAGCGAUGAGACUACGACUGAACGUCUCCCUUCAACAGUUACCGCCAUACCGAUUCCCACUUCGCCUGCGACCAUCUUCCCCUCUACUUUCCGUCGCUCUAGCUCAGCUGCCAACCGUCGAAGUAGCCAUGCUAUUGAUGAUGACGAGAUUUUCACUAUGCGUAGCGUGAGUCUUGGAGCUGAGGAGCCAUCUCAUACUACUCUUGGGGCAUUGCAACGGCAACAGGAUUACGAACCAAUUGGGACCAAUAUAGCUCCGUUAGAAUCUGGAGCGCGUUCCAGCGGAGGCGAUGAUGGAAAUGUUCUUCGAGGCCCCACACGACGGGGGCCAGGCGCUCAUCGUGAUGCUUCGUUAUCGGGCCCAACCGUGGCAACAUCCCCAUAUUCUCACCACCCUCUGCACCAACGGCGUAUUAGCCAUUCUCGUGGCCGCGGAUUCUCCGGCGGUCCCCACUCUCUCAGUUCCGGUUCCAGCAGUAUUGCACGUGGUGGGCUUAUCCAUCCCUACCCAGCUGAGCGAGAGGCUGAGCGCGAUGCCAAUGCAGGCGCCAGCCAUAGCGGCACGGAAGACCGCCGAGGAACUGGACGAGGAUCUGGCGGCGGUCGCCACAACCUUCCGCAGGCCGCCCAGGUUGAAGAGGACGAGCCCUUGUUAUUCGCCAUGAGUGACUUUGGUGCAUCUCGGCGGAGCUUCGAGGAAGGCCGGCAGGGAAACCACGGACCAGACUCAAGUGGUAAUACCGGGAGCUCCAGACGAGGUAGUGGAAAGCGAGGCACGCUCUCUGGCUUCCAUCUUUGGCCUUGA